AUCUCAUCCCCUUACAUUAGCUGAAGCAGCCGCAGGGCUUUGAAGCUCUUUGGUAGUGUCUCUGAGCAAACAUGGCGAGAGGGUUGAAGAAGCACUUGAAGAGGCUCAAUGCUCCCAAGCAUUGGAUGCUUGAUAAGCUUGGUGGUGCAUUUGCUCCCAAGCCAUCUUCUGGACCCCACAAAUCCCGAGAGUGCUUGCCUUUGAUCCUUAUACUCAGGAACAGGCUUAAGUAUGCCCUGACGUACCGUGAGGUUAUUGCAAUUUUGAUGCAAAGGCAUGUAUUGGUUGACGGGAAGGUUAGGACAGAUAAGACCUACCCUGCUGGCUUCAUGGAUGUCGUUUCAAUUCCAAAGACAAGUGAGAAUUUCCGUCUCCUCUAUGACACCAAGGGACGUUUCCGUCUCCACUCCAUCAGAGAUGAUGAAGCAAAGUUUAAGCUUUGCAAAGUUAGAUCUGUCCAGUUUGGCCAGAAAGGCAUCCCAUACCUCAACACAUACGAUGGUCGCACAAUCCGCUACCCUGACCCACUCAUCAAGGCUAAUGAUACCGUUAAGCUGGACCUAGAGAGCAACAAGAUCGUUGACUUCAUCAAGUUUGAUGUUGGUAAUGUUGUCAUGGUCACUGGAGGAAGGAACAGGGGGCGUGUUGGAGUGAUUAAGAACAGGGAGAAGCACAAGGGUAGCUUCGAGACCGUCCACAUUCAGGAUGCCACUGGUCAUGAGUUUGCAACUCGUCUUGGCAACGUCUUCACCAUUGGCAAAGGAACAAAGCCAUGGGUGCAGCUUCCUAAGGGCAAGGGUAUCAAGUUGUCCAUUAUUGAGGAGGCUAGGAAGAGGCUUGCAGCUUCCCAAGCUGCAGCUGCUUAAAUUUUAUUAAAUGUUUCUGUUGGAUAGAGGCUGGUAGGUGCUCUUAGUUGCAGUUAUGAUUUAUGCUGGAACACUUGCUGUGUUUUUUUCUUAUAUGAUCACAAUUUUGAACUAUUAAUUUUGUUACUCCAAGUCUAUAUGCUGUUUGGUGAUGUGGUGACAGUUUAAGCUAUGGUUUUAUAAUCUUUUGGAACAAUAUAAUUCUCUUCUAUUG